AUGGAUCCCGACACAGCCGCCGUGUUUCAGCGUUUGAAAGAGGCGGAUCCGAGUAACAGGCGAUGCCUCGAGUGCGAUACUCCCGAGCCGCAGUGGGGCCUGGGAGUGCAUCUGAGUUUCGUGAGGAGCAGCACUAUGGACGCGUGGCAGCCGCAGCAGCUAAAGUUGAUGGAAUGCGGCGGCAACUCCAAGUGCAAGAACUUCUUCAUCGAAUAUGGCGUUUGGGAUUUGCCUCUUAAGGAAAGAUACGCAACGAAGGCAGCAGCUUAUUACAGGGCUCUGCUGCGGUCUGCUGCAGAGCCGUCAGCUCCUGCACCACCUCCGUUGAACAAAGCAGAAGCAGCAGAACCCGAUGCAUCUGCAGCUGCUUCUCCUCCUUAUUCAUCCCUAUCAUCCGUUCGCUCUCUGGGGUCCCGCCCGAUGGAUCAGCAGCAGCAGCAGCAGGAGGAACCUGCGAAGGAAGAAGACGGCUUCAUGGCCUCCCUGCAACAGCAGGCCGCCGCUGCUUCUGCUGCAGCAGCAGCAGCAGCUGCAACCGUCAGCAGCACGGGAGGAGCCGCGAUAGAUAGUGCAAUUCAGAGCGUCUCUUCCUUUGUUUCAGGAGCAAAAGAAUACACAACGAAAACAAUCGAAGCUGCAGGAGAGUCCAGCAUCCUUGAGAAGGCAAAAGGAGGGUUCCAAACUGGAAGCGAGUGGAUUGCCCAACAGUCGAAGAAGCUCUCCACAACAUUCACGGGCGGUGAGGCCAACGAUAGCAGCAGCCCAUCCUCACCGACUGGAGAGCAGCAGCAGCAGGAAGAGCCACAGCGCGGCAGCAGCGGAGUGCUGGAGUCGAUGCGGGAGCUGACUCGUCGUUCUAUCUCCAAUGUUACUCAAGUUGUCCGCAGCACCAGCAGCAGCAACAACAGCAGCCCCGGAGCAGCAGAAGGAGGCAGUGUCUUUGACAAGGCCAGGGAGAGCCUCAGCUCGUUAACGGCAGUUGCUACCGGCUGGCUGCAGCCCGCAGAGGUACCGCCUCCUGCAUUCGAUGCUCCUGACGGGAAGACAGCAGCAGACGACGGCGCUGACAAGUUCCUGUAG